GGAGGGGCGCGAGCUUUCAAGAUGGCGGUGGCUGGUAGGCUGACCCAGCGGCCGAGGUGAAGGCCCCGACGUCCAGAAAACCCCGAAAAUCGCCUUCUUCGCCGCGCCCGCCAGCCCCAGACGCCUGCCCGACUAAGAUUUUAUUGUUUUCUUUUUAAUGAGCAAGUAAACUACACUACUCAUCAACAUGGGACGAAGAUCAACAUCAUCCACCAAGAGUGGAAAGUUUAUGAACCCCACAGACCAAGCCCGGAAAGAAGCCCGGAAGAGAGAAUUAAAGAAGAACAAAAAACAACGCAUGAUGGUACGAGCUGCAGUUUUGAAGAUGAAAGAUCCCAAACAGAUUAUCAGGGACAUGGAGAAAUUGGAUGAAAUGGAAUUUAACCCAGUACAACAGCCGCAGUUAAAUGAGAAGGUGCUGAAAGAUAAGCGUAAAAAACUGCGUGAAACCUUUGAACGUAUUCUGCGACUCUAUGAAAAAGAAAAUCCAGAUAUAUACAAAGAAUUAAGAAAGCUGGAAGUAGAAUAUGAACAGAAAAGGGCUCAACUUAGCCAGUACUUUGAUGCUGUCAAGAAUGCUCAGCAUGUGGAAGUUGAGAGUAUUCCUUUGCCAGAUAUGCCGCAUGCUCCUUCCAACAUCCUGAUCCAGGACAUUCCCCUUCCUGGUGCCCAGCCACCCUCUAUCCUUAAGAAGACUUCAGCCUAUGGACCUCCAUCUCGGGCAGUUUCUAUACUUCCUCUUCUUGGACAUGGUGUUCCACGGUUGCCUCCUGGCAGAAAACCUCCUGGUCCUCCUCCUGGACCACCACCUCCUCAAGUCUUACAGAUGUAUGGCCGUAAAGUUGGCUUUGCCCUAGAUCUUCCUCCUCGGAGACGAGAUGAGGACAUGCUAUAUAGUCCUGAGCUUGUUCAGCGGGGCCAUGAUGAUGAUGUGUCCAGUACCAGUGAGGAUGACGGCUAUCCUGAGGACAUGGAUCAAGACAAGCAUGAUGAUAGCACUGAUGAUAGUGACACUGACCGAUCAGAUGGAGAAAGUGAAGGGGAUGACUUUGGGCACCGGGAUGAUGAGAGAGACAAUGAAGAAAAAAAGUCAGGUUUGAGUGUACGGUUUGCAGAUAUGCCUGGAAAAUCAAGGAAGAAAAAGAAAAACAUGAAGGAGCUGACUCCUCUUCAAGCCAUGAUGCUUCGAAUGGCAGGUCAGGAAAUCCCUGAGGAGGGACGAGAAGUAGAGGAAUUUUCAGAGGAUGAUGAUGAUGAUGAUUCUGACGAUUCUGAAGCAGAAAAGCCAUCACAGAAACAGCAUAAGGAAGAGUCUCUUUCUGAUGGCUCAUCUGGUGCUGCACAGCAGCAAGCUCCCCCACAAUCAGUUCCUUCUCAGAUACAAGCACCUCCCAUGCCUGGACCACCUCCUCUGGGACCACCUCCUGCCCCACCCUUAAGACCACCUGGGCCACCUACAGGCCUUCCUCCUGGGCCACCUCCAGGAGCUCCUCCAUUUUUGAGACCACCCGGGAUGCCAGGACUCCGAGGGCCUUUACCGCGACUUUUACCUCCAGGACCACCUCCAGGCCGACCCCCUGGCCCUCCCCCAGGUCCACCUCCAGGUCUGCCUCCUGGUCCUCCUCCAAGGGGACCUCCACCAAGGCUACCUCCCCCUGCACCUCCAGGUAUCCCUCCCCCUCGUCCUGGCAUGAUGCGCCCACCUCUGGUGCCUCCACUUGGACCUGCCCCGCCUGGGCUUUUCCCACCAGCUCCCUUGCCGAACCCGGGGGUUUUAAGCGCUCCUCCCAACUUGAUUCAGCGGCCCAAGGCGGAUGACACGAGCGCAGCCACCAUUGAGAAGAAAGCUACAGCAACCAUCAGUGCCAAGCCACAGAUCACUAAUCCCAAGGCAGAGAUCACUCGUUUUGUGCCCACAGCACUGAGGGUACGUCGGGAGAAUAAAGGGGCUACUGCUGCUCCCCAAAGAAAGUCAGAGGAUGAUUCUACUGUGCCUCUUGCCAAAGCAGCCCCUAAAUCUGGUCCAUCUGUUCCCGUUUCAGUACAAACUAAGGAUGAUGUUUAUGAAGCUUUCAUGAAAGAGAUGGAAGGGCUACUGUGACAACUGCUGAUGCCAGAGUAGGCAUAGUUCACAUCAGUGGUUCAUGAAGAAAGGCUCUUAGUAAACAUAGGCAAAGAGCUGCUUUCACUGUCAGGGUAUUUUCUCAUCUCAGUUCAAAGAAUAUCCUAAGGUUUAGCAUUGUUCACAGUUUACUCCAGAGUGUGUGGAGUACUUCAUUCAGAUUAGAUGGGUUGUUGAAGUGCUGCUAACAUCCAUGCCAGUUCAUACCAUCAUUUUUCUCCCUUUACAAAUCUUUGGGAACUUGUGAUUGGGGAUCUUUGUUAUUUGUUUUGGUUCUCCCGGUAUGCAAAGGGCACUGGCAUACAGAUUUCUGAAAAGAAAAGCUUAAUUCACCCCAUCUAGCCUUUCAUGUUUGAGUUAUUAAUAUUUUCUUGUAAAUAUUUUGUAAUAUUGUAGUGAAAUGGGUUGCAAUGUCAUUUCCUAAUACAGAACAAGAUACGUGGGAAGAAAUGUACAAUUCUUUGAUUAAAAUUAUUUCCCGCUGAUCUAUGAGUGUUUCAUGAAUAAAU